AUGUCUUCAACCAGCUCUUCGUCCACGAUGUCUUCGGAACACAAGUCCCAACUCGGUCCUUCCGAUACCGUGCGGGAGGUCCCCGAGAAGAUCUCCGAGAACAGCAUCACGGCCUGGACGCAAGUCCUUGUCAGUCACCUUCUCGUUAUGAACGGAUUUGGAUACUUCUCCUCAUUCGGCCUCUUCGAAUCGCAUUGGGUCACUUACCUGGGCAAGUCCGGAUCGGACAUUUCCUGGGUCGGUUCUCUAUCACUUUUCCUUCUCUUCUUUCUGGGCACUCUGUCAGGCCCACUGAUGGACCGUGGCCAUUUGCGCUUACUUCUCAUCUUUGGCUGUGGGUUUCAACUGUUGGGCGUUUUCACCACUUCUGCUGUCUCGCAGUACUGGCAGCUAGUGCUUUCUCAAGGAAUCGUCCAGGGCAUCGGAAAUGGCCUUCUCUUUACACCGUGCAUCGCACUGGUCUCAACGUACUUUUCCAAAAGGCGAGCUUUUGCUCUGAGCCUUGCUGCCUGCGGGGCACCAAUUGGCGGGGUGAUUUUCCCACUUAUUUCCCAACAACUCUCGACCCGCAUUGGCUCCCCGUGGGCUAUUCGGGUAAUGGGAUUUGUCAUGGUAUUCAACACAGUUUGGAUCCUGCUCCUUGCCCGACCGCGCCAUUUCCAACAAACACGGGGUCCGUUGGUGGAUCCAAGAGCCUUCAAGGAGCCAACAUAUCUGCUCUUCGCAAUUGGCAUCUUCUUCACUCUUUGGGGUGUCUACAUCGCCUAUUUCUACACGUCAACUUACGGAAAACAUGUAAUCGGUCUGUCCGAUACAAGCUCUCUUACGCAACUCAUGGUUCUUAACGCAGUUGGCAUCCCGGGGCGCACGGUCCCAGGAUUCCUCGCUGACGCCUAUUUUGGCGCGUUCAACACGUUGCUGCCUUUCGUGCUCGGUGCAUCUGUGAUGCUUUUCGGAUGGAUUGGCGCCACCAGCUCCUCCUCCUUUUACUGCUUUGUUGUCAUCUACGGUAUCUGUUCCAACGCGGUGCAGACGCUCUUUCCAUCGACCUUGUCGAAAUUGACCACGGACAUGAGCAAGAUAGCAUCUCGGGUCGGUAUGGUCUUUACCGUUGGCAGUGUCGCAUGUCUGACGGGUCCUCCGAUCGCGGGAGCAUUGAUCGGCGUUGCCGAUGGCAGUUAUCUGUAUGCACAGUUGUUCGGGGGAACAUCCGUCAUGCUCGGGUUCGUUUUCCUCUCUGCUGCACGCUGGACCCAAUCGAUUCAGAAGAUUUGA